AUGGCUGAGGAGACCAUGGACACUGGUUCCAAGUCGGACAGGAAAUUGAUGUCCGAUGCUGGUUUUUCUGAAGGACUAAAGAAGCAGCUGGAGGAGAGGAUAGCACAGACUGCGUUCCAGGCACAGAAUCAACAGGCUUUAAGCCAAGCUACCAUGCCAUCUUCUGCGGGCAAAGGUACGAGGGAUCAAGCAGCAGCGAAAGCAUGGACUGGCACGGAGACUUUGGAAGAUGCUGCACUACGUAUGCUUGAUGAUAGUCACAAACGACUCCGUAUGCCUUCGAGGAAGCCGACCUUGGGUAGUGGUGUCAACUUAAAGCCGAGACCGAAACAGAAGCUUUCUGCAGCCGAUCGAUUAGCCAAUGCACGAGACAAGACUUCAAUAUACACUAUGCAGCAGGAGGGCAUGAGUGAAGAAGAGCGUGAACGAUUCAAGAAGGAGAUGAAGGACAAGUUUCAGCCUGGUGCAAGGCCUAUGCCAACCACUUUACAAGGUCUUAGCUCACUCGCGAACGAACGCAUCGAAGACGCCAUCGCAAGAGGUCAAUUCAAGAACAUUCCUCGUGGGAAAGGCGUGAAUAUAGAAAGAGAUUACAAUGCGAACAGCCCUUUCAUACAGACGACAGAAUACUUUAUGAACAAGAUGAUCCAGAGGCAGGAAAUCGUUCCGCCAUGGAUCGAGAAGCAGCAGGAGCUCAUGAAGCUGGUCAACACGUUCAGAUCGAGGCUGAGAAACGAUUGGAGGAGGCACGCUGCAAGAACUAUCUCUAGCAAAGGAGGCACACUAGACGAGCAGAUACGAAGAGCCAAAGCAUUUGCGCUAGCUGAAGAGAAGUACAACCCGAGACCUAGUACUAGAACAGAGACGAUGAGUGCUAUCGGUUCUGAUGGUGUUUUGACAAGUAUAACUGUCGAGGAAAAGAUCGCCGCUGGAGUCGCUCCAGAGCCUGCACAAGAUCCUGUCGAGAUCACUAUCACGGAAACAGCUCCAUCACAAGAUGCUCAAGGCAACCUUGUCGAAGGCGCAUCAGAGAAACUGGCCGAGGAUACUAUCGUGGUCUCGCAGACGCCUGCCGAUACCCAGCAACCUGCCCCAUCAGAACCUGGUACGCCAAUCGAUGCACCUCAGGCCGCAGACAGAAUCCUGCCAAUGGCAUAUCCUUUUCGCGACGAGAACUGGGAACGAAACGAGAACUCUUACCAUAAACUAGCUGUCGAAGAAAUUAACAGCUUAGCCAGAAACUACAACCUUAUGGCCCCGAAGAUGGCACAGAAACCAUAUCAUAAUCUCCAGAGGGAACUCAAUCGCUGCUAUGCUGAUGUUGCACCAUUACUGGCGGAUGAGAUUCUGAAUCGAAGUCGCAAGGGUCCUGUGACAAUGCACAAAGAAGGUAGUGUCAUGGAACGAUUUCAGGGUACAGGUCACAUCGCUAAGAUAAGAGAUGAGCCUGAGGCUCGUGGUUAUGGCUUCAAAGAGUUUUGGAAGGAUUUGUUUGGGAAAGAUGAAGGCAAAAAGAGACAGGUUGCAUGA